CCUAGCCUCACCGCCAACCCCAAUGAAGGCUAGUAUGGAAGCUCCCCAACCAGUGGGAAGGUCCAUCCUAUCUCUCCCCUGGAACCGACGUCAUGAGAAAUAAUCCCCAACUCCACUCGAAAUUACAAUAUAAGGACUCACUCCUAAGCACAGAACAAAAAUUCCUAUCUAAGUAUACCAGAUCAAUCCUUUCUAUAUCCCAAAACAAACCACCAAAAUGGAAGACAAAGCCCUCGCUCCCCCAAGCAAAGACCUCCGCGAACUCGCCGCGCAAGAAUCCUCCGCCUCCGUAAUCUUCCCCUCCUUCACAUCAACAACCGCGUGGUCCCUAGGUCUGGCACUACGGUCCCGAAUCCUGUCCCUCCCGCCGGACCAGCGCAAACCGGCCUUGAUCUCCAUCUCGCUGAGCGGCGGCUCGGAGCCCCACGUUGUAUUCCAGUGCGCCACGGAACCCGGGACCUUCGCAGAUAAUGAGGUGUGGGUGCGGCGGAAGCGGAAUACCGUGCUGCGGUGGGGGGUGUCGAGUUGGUUGAUGCGGACUAAGAUGCUUGCGAGUACCGGGUUGGGGCCGAGUGAGGUGGAGGCGGCGUUUGUGACGAAGCAUGCCCUGACGAGCACGGGUGGUGGAGGCGCGGCAGAUGACUUUGCCAUCCAUGGUGGGGCGUUUCCCGUGCGGGUGAAGGGGGUGGAUGGGGUUAUUGGCGUGGUGGUGGUGAGUGGGUUGAAGCAGGAGGAUGAUCACCAAGUCGUUCUGGAGACGAUCCGGGAGUUUAUUCAACAGGGCGGGCAGUGAGUAAAUUGCAACACUGGGAUACGACCUUAUAUUCUUCGAUUGCAUCUCGAGCCCUAAUGCCAAGACUGGGUAAGCCAAUAUAAAAGGGUAUUUUCCGACAGUUUGCAGAGACAAAUCAGCCACCGAUGAGGAACAUUAGGCCAUACAUCGGUUGUCUUUCCAAUGAGGAACCCGCACUCUUUACGUGUGGGACCUCGAGCUAUCAUUAGCGAAAUAUUACUAGUAUCAGGGAGGCAAGAAUCAAUUGCUGUUCUAGUU